AGGUGCAGAUUAAAAAAAUUUCUAUCAUUUAUAUCAGCACGACGUGUCAUAAGUGUGUAAACAGCGCGUACCCUGACCAAGGCCAAGCACAGAGACCACAAACUCGCAACUACAGACAUUAGUUUGUGCGCGGAUCUCAACCACAGAGCAGGCAAAUAUGAUGAGAUCUGAAUUUAUAUUUCUGUUGACAUCUGUCGCCGUCAUCCUGGCUGACGAUAUUAUUGUACUAAACCAAGGAAGCGUCAAAGGACAUCGUUUAACGACACGGAAGGGCGGGGAAAUAUUUGCUUUCCAAGGAAUUCCUUACGCAAACCCACCAGUCGGCGAGUUGAGAUUUCAGCCACCUCAAGCCAAGGAGCCAUGGAGCGGAGUGCUUGAUGCCACCAAAGAAGCUCCGGUAUGCGUGCAGCGAGGGAUAUACCCUGGAGACAAUGAGAUCAGAGGACAAGAAGACUGUCUUUAUCUCAACGUGUACACGCCACGGAUGCCGGACAGCACUCUGGGUGUGGUACCGCUCGAUGUAAUGUUCUGGAUUCAUGGCGGAGGUUGGUUUAAUGGCUCGGGGAACACAGAUUUCUAUGGACCUCAGUAUCUUCUGGACAAGGACAUUAUCCUUGUUACCAUCAACUAUCGUCUUGGAACAAUAGGAUUCAUAAGUACUGAAGAUGCGGCGUGCCCAGGUAACAACGGAAUGAAGGAUCAGGUGGCAGCACUGCGCUGGGUGCGAGACAAUAUCGCAGCGUUUGGCGGGAACCCGAGCAGCGUAACGAUAUUCGGCGAGAGCGCGGGUGGCGCUAGUGUGCACUAUCACAUGCUGUCACCUGCCAGCAAAGGUUUGUUCCAUCGCGCCAUCUCCCAGAGUGGCAACGCUUUGGGCGUGUGGGCAUUUACACCUAAAGGAAGACCAAAGUAUUUGGCAGAAAAAGUAGCAGAUCUGUUUGACUGCCCGGCUCAACCGAGCACAGAAUUAAUCUCCUGUCUCAGAAAACAGGACUCAUACAAGUUAUUCAAGGCGGAACUUUCCAUUUCAGGCGAUGGGAAUUCCCCGGUCACAUUCGGUCCUGUCACUGAGACUGUUGGGUUUUUAGGGGAAAAGUUGGAGACAAACCUGGAAGACAGUCCUUUAAUUAAACUUCUCCUUAGUGAAUUCGAGGACAAAUCACUAAGAACUGAAAUUACUCAAAAGAUACAGAAAUUCUACUUCGGAGAUAAACCAACUGCAACUGAUGCCACUUCAAGUUUAAUAGACUCAGGUCCCGUUCACCUAGACGACGUGUUGUACUUGUUCCCACAAAAUCACACAUUCCCUAACUCCAAACUGACGCCAGAAGAUGAACAUAUGGUAGAAACUCUAACAACGCUUUGGGUGAACUUCGCUCGCCAAGGGAAACCAGCGCCAUCAUGGAAUCCUGUUUCUUCACCCGAUGUGCUCGACUACGCUCGCAUUGCUUACGACGGACUACACCCAGGCCAAGGGCUUCUAAAAGAGCGAAUUGAAUUCUGGGACUCUCUCCAAAGCAGAUUCAAAAAGACCUCAGAUAAAGACGAACUCUAGCGAUUUCAUACAUUCUGCGAAGUCGAUGUGAAGAUUAAUGAUUCGUUUACGAAAUAAAACAUGUUUUAUAAUGUAUAAGAACACUUGUUUCAUGCUACAAGUCAGACUAUAAUAAUUGUAGUUUUCACAGAGUACAUUUAAUAAUGGCGUGAAUACUGUAAAUAAUUAUUAUUGUUGAGUUGUUGCCAUAUGGAGUAAUUAUAAAUUGAUCAAAAGAAUUUCGAAACGGACGUAGACACUAUAAACUAUACAAGGUAGGGGUCAGAACUUUCUGCUCGCAGGCCACAUGUGACACUUGCAACACUUUUAUGCAAAGUUUGGGAAUUAGCCGACGAGAGAAGGUUAAAAUUGUUUACAUAAAAAUAUAAAUAACAACCUUCUGGGUUCAUCAUUCUGUUAUUUGACAAGUCAUGAAGACUAAUUCAUAAGAACUCUUGCACGAAGUACUGCUGGUUUCUCAUUUGCGUCUUAUUACGAUGCUGUAUGAAAAACAGAUGAAUGUACCCUUUGCACGGCCUUCAGAACACAACUUUCUCCUACGCAUGGCAACCCUAACCACUGCACAUUAACCCCUUCACGUACAAAAAUGACCAAACCAGCUUCAGUAAUGAAUUCCUGCAGAUGGUUUGGUCGUGUUCGAAGUUAUGAACUCAUUCCAGCUGUUUCGUCACUGGAUGCUCACUUGUUACAAACAAUUCGUACGUUACGAAAAUGUUAUACCAAUUGUUGUCUUAUUCCGUACCUACUUCUUGUCAGGACACACUAUAUGAUUCAUAGACAGCAGCAAAUGACUUCGAUAUAAAACAAUUUUCAAAAAUAAGACACGUUCUACUCGUGAAUAUACCAUGUUCCCACAACUGGCGAAAUGACCUAGUAACUGGGAUGACCUUGACUCGAAUAUCACAGGUGAGAUUGGGAGAGUCUAUUACAAGGGGUGGACCUGGUUGUAAUCUGAUUUUUGUAUAGCUGUAUUCAGCGUUUUUGGCCUUUGAACUAUGUGAAUUGGAGCCUCACUUACCAGAAGUUUGCUGGACAGGGACGACAGCAGGCCGCGUACAAUACACUCCAAAUAAAGUGAAACAUCACCAUGGUAUAUAACACAGGAAAGUCGAUUUCACUACACCACACUACACAUCACUAUUAAAAUUAACACUGCAGAGAGUAUUUGAUAAUUUUAUCUUCUUAACAACUCUAUAGUCCCGGUACGACCUGCAUACGGAGACUACUACAAUUAGUACACGGCCGGAUGAUAGCAAAGGUUAGACAGGGCGUUCAAUGGCGCACAUUUAACACCUCACGUUCUUAAAACAAGUAAACAUUGUAUAACAUAAUAUUUUCUUCAAAUUCAUGUAAUAUAUGUGGAUUUCUUUUGUACACUUUGUAUUUCAAACUGCCCCAAAAAUUAGAAUCAGAUUACUGUGCCUGAGAUAAGUCCGCCCGUAAAGAUAGAACGAGUUAUUCUCCUUGCAUUUAAUCCAUACCAAAUACCAACUUUCGAGUCAUGAAGAAUUCCAGGGUUUACCGAUGAUCAGUAUUGGUUAUUAUGCGUGUUCAUACGUCCAUUUAAAAUCAAUAAUUGUGGGGCAGGUGUACGUUCAUUCCUGACUGGAUAAACCAGUCACAAACAUGUAACCUUGUAGCAGUCUCUUGGUUGCAAAGAACGCACUUGUUUUAUAUGGGCAAAAUUUAAAAAAAAAAUGCUGUUCUUGCUGAGGAGGUUGUAACGUUAGCUUCCUGGACUCGUUUUGCCAGUGAUUUUGUUCGCGAAAUCUCCGGUCUUGCACCAAUACCAACGUUUUCUUCAUUCAGUAUGCGUCUUCCUUUUGUUUUCUUGUCCAAAACCGUAAUUUUGAAUUUAUGAAUCAAGUAAUGAAUAGUAGAUUUAGCAGUAAUAUCAAAACCUGAGAAUCUUUGUUGGAACUCUGUGCGACAUGCACAAGUUGAAUCGCUGUUUACUUAACCCUUUUCCUAUAGGCGACGGACCGACUCGUCCGGCAUUUAACUACGUUGAUUACCUUAUACUGUACUUAUGCACCACCCAGAGCACUACCUGCGCCCACUCUGAGUCAUGGCGGCUGAGCCAAUCACGAGGCCCUUUGAGAAAAUAAUACACGUACGGCAUGUUAGGCGACUUAAAUUAUUAUAAUUUUAACGAUUUGAAAACUAACUCUCUAGAACAGACUCACCCAAUUCAUGGAAACCUUUCUUUCAGCCUAAUGCGAGUAAUUAUCGAAUUGACGACAUAUUUAAAUAGUGUUAAUCGAUAUCUAAUCGAACAGCACAUAACCAAACUACCGUCAACAACAGCAUUUUGUGGCAAGGCAUCGUUUACUCUCAGGCUUUUAUACAAAAUUUCCUCAAUUUCUUCUCCGUUUUCAACCUCAUACAAAAGCACAUGUACAAGAUAAACUACUGUAACAACAUAAGACGAAAGGGCAAUACGAUUUGUUAUGGAAACCUUCAGUUUGGUUGUAGGCCUGUUUGUUACCUGUGUGUUAAACUCUGGAGGUUAAAACAAUGGUUCAUGUCUUGAACUUCAGUAACACGCCCGAAGUAACGAACUGCCAGUGCAGAUGGAAAAACUUCGACUAUCUGAACUUUCUGAAGGGUGAAUUCUUUAACAUUAGUUGCCUACUGUGAAUCCUAUAUCAUUAUUAUAUAAACACACUAUACAUUCUAGUAAAUUAUUUACUAGAAUGUAUAGCAUGUUUGUUUUUAAGGGAAGAUAAAAUAAAAUCUCAAGAUUCUUACGUUUCUGAUAUUAAAGAUGCAUAUUUUAUAUUAAAUAUAAUGGGAAACUGAAAAAUAACUAAAUACAUACUAAUAUCAAUUUAAUAAACUGGUUGUAUGUUUCAUCAUAUUUUUUUGUGCAGAGUGCUGGGUCCAUAACACACGCAUGUAAAACAUACCAAAAGUAAUUAUAUCACUUGUCUGUUGGUUUCA